CACAUUACAGAGCUGCAACGAUUAACUCCUUCUAUCAUGAAGACAUAACCCGCUUCACUAACCUCCUGGCCCAUGAGCUAGGUCACACCCUAGGCAUGAUGCAUGACCAUUCAGGCUGCAGAUGUGGAGAACAAUCUUCCUGCAUCAUGAAUGAGGCUGUCACCCGUGAGAGUCGUUACAGUAAUUGCAGUAUUGACAACUACUAUGAAUUUAUAAGGACACGCCGUGGGACCUGCCUCUACAACAAGCCAGACCCCAGCAGAAUAAUGAGGAAGUCAGUCUGUGGGAACCGAGUGUUAGACAGAGGGGAGGAGUGUGACUGUGGCAGUGUUGAGACCUGCUCGAAGGACCCUUGCUGUCUUCCCACAUGCAGGAUGACCAGAGGUUCCGUAUGCGCCUUCGGGCCCUGCUGUGAGGGCUGCCAAUUUCGGUUAAGGGGCAGUGUUUGCCGUCCCAGUAAGGAUGAGUGUGACCUCCCUGAAUAUUGCAAUGGUACCUCCAUGUGGUGCCAACCAGAUGUCUACAAACAAGAUGGCACCCCGUGCGCACGUGAAGGGAUUUGCUAUGGAGGGCACUGUCAGGACCUGAAUAAACAGUGUGUUGAGAUCUUUGGCAAAGAAGCCAUAUCUGCCCGAGAUAGUUGCUAUCGGUUCAUGAAUUCCAAAGGGGACCGGUUUGGGAACUGUGGCAGUGUAUUUACUGGGCUGCACAAGAACUUUCUGAGUUGUGCUGACCAUAAUGUCAAGUGCGGGAAGGUUGUAUGUGAGAAGGUGCUGAACAUACCCCACAGUAAGAACCACCACACCUUCAUCCAGGUGAGGUAUGAUAAAACUUGGUGCUGGGGCGCAGACCUCUUUGAGGAGGUUGGUGUUCCUGAUAGAGCACGAGUGUCCAACGGUACCAGAUGUGCCCCGAACAAGGUCUGCAUCAACAGUGUCUGCUCAUCUCCUGGAAACUUCCUCUGGCCUCAGUGCAAUCCAACUAUCAACUGUCAUAGAAGAGGGGUGUGUAACAACUUGAGACACUGCCACUGUGAUUCUGGCUAUGCCCCUCCAAAUUUGUAAUCUGGUACCUCAUAAUCCUGGCCUAUGCCCAGAAAAGGAAAAGAAGAAAAAGGAAAGCCGCACGAAACAGGCUCAGAAAAGCCCGU